CCACGGUGUAAAAAUCCAACGUGGCAUUAAUAAUGAAUAUUUAAAAAGCAUGUAGGUUGCAGGUAUCUGCCGGCCACGCUCCGCCCUAUCUCCUAUAAAAGCUGUUGUAUCGCCCGCCACACGCCUCCCUCUUCUCACGACGUCGUUUCACAGUCUCCCCCUCAAUUAUUACACAAGGUAUGUAUGUAUGCCUUCUGUGCGUUAUACUGCUGUCGUAUGCCCUAAUUAAUUUGUAGAUCGAUCCUUUUCUAUUGCAUUCAACUUCAAUUCAUCAUCUGCUAUAAGGAAUACGAUCUGUACGUGGAUUUUGGAGAUUUACGUCUAAACCAGCAUGGCAGCCGAAAGAUCGCCCACUUGCUUGCAAACGAGCAAGAAGAAUCCAGCUAAAGUUCCUAAACGGAUUCACAAAGCUGAAAGGGAAAAACUAAAGCGUGAACAUUUGAAUGAACUCUUUCUUGAGUUGGCUGGUGCACUUGAACUCACAGAACAAAACAGUGGGAAAGCCUCGGUAUUAGGCGAAACCACUCGAGUUGUAAAAGACAUGAUUGAUCAGAUCAAGUCUCUCAAGAAGGAGAAUGCAGCUUUACAAUCCGAAACACAAUAUGUGACAGUUGAAAGGAAUGAACUUCAAGAUGAAACGUGUACGCUACAAAAACAGAUCACUGAACUACAGAGCAUGAUAAAAGAAAGAAAUGUCCAAACAAACCUUGACCUGAAUGCACCCGCAAUCGAAUCGCAAGAACCGCAAUUCCCAACUUAUUUUCCACAGGAGAUGAUGAGAUUACCUACUGGUGAUCCGGUUUUAAAUCCCGUUUUUAUUAUUCCUGGUUGUCAAAACGUCCAAGUUCACGCACAAACAGAGUUGCGUACGGGUCACAAUCCUGUGUCAAAUGUGAGCAAACCAAACCCGCGGUAUCCCACUCCAUCUGAUUCCUGGCCUUUCCAACUUCUUGAAAAACCGUGUCAAGAAGCCGGGGAGGAUUAACGCAGGGAAGGAGUUUGAUAUUCGUAAUUUUAACAAAGGCAUGUUAGUUGUAAUAUUGUUGUCAAAGAAAUGACCACCUGGUGUGUUAAUGGUGUUGAUAUUAUGUAUCUGCUGCAUAGAUAAAGAUUGAAAGUAAUUAGGUUAAUUGUCAUGAGUGAACAAAUAAAAAAAAAUUGGUCCGCAUAUUUUAUAAAAGUGUAGCAUGUAAUGUUAAUAUUUGUUA